AUGCCCCAUUUUGUGCUGUUUCACUGGAUUAUCAUACAGACCUUUAUAGCGCACACCACAUCCGAAGUCAUUAGAGGAGUAAUAGGGCAACCUGUUCAGUUGCCUUGCUUCUAUCAGGUGGCACAACGUAAGGACAUCUCCGAUAUGUGCUGGGGCAGAGGCCCGUGCCCAAAUUCGAAGUGCAAUAACAAAAUUUUGCACACCACUGGGAACAGAGUGACAUACAGAAAAUCUCAGCGAUACAGUCUCCAGGGCUAUAUUUCCUAUGGAGAUGUGUCUCUCACGAUUGGGGAACUGAAGGCAGAAGAUGCAGGUACAUACUGCUGCCGCAUAGAGAUCCCGGGUUGGUUCAACGACAUCAAAAAGAACAUGCGGCUGGAGGUGGUCAGAGCCCCUCCAGUGAUGACAACCACCAUGAGAAAGGCUCCCGUUUCCCCCAAACGUUUUAGAAAAACAACUUUUGCUCCCCAGACAACUUCUGAUCAUCAAACAACAGCAGAGACUGCUGUCCUCCUGACAACCACCGUCCCCCCAGCAACAACUGCAAGCACCGAGUCUCCAGCAGUGAUUACACUGGAGAGCAUUGCUCCCCCAACAUUUGCUGUGACAGCAAGUGAUACUUUUCCAGCAACUAUGGUGACCACCAGUGCUCUCCCAGAUUUUCCAACUGGGUUCCAAGCAGAAACUGAAGAUGAUGACAUGUUCUGCUCGUCAGAGUCUGUCCCUUUUCCUGAAGUGACUACUGAAUUCCCAAGCACACUUCCGACUGCAGAGGCAACUGAAAGUGCUCACACGUCUCUCAUGGUGGAAGACGUGCCAACUGCAGCAACAACCCCGCCAGCGCCACCCAUGCUUCAGACCCCGAAGAGAACCUUUGUUCCUUCAGGGAGUGCAGCAAGUUCAGACAGCAAGGCUGAGAAACAAGAUAAUGAAGAUAUGUUUCCCAGCUAUGCCAUUCUCAUUGCCUGUCUCCUAGCGGUGCCCAUUCUUCUCAUAUCGAUACCCUUGCUGUUGUUUUGGAAACGUAAACACACAAAGAAGUUUAUAAUAAAAAGCCUUGGACCAGUGGAAGACCCUGAAAAAGCUUUCAGUGGCGCUGAAGGAGAAACCAGCAUUUUUUCCCUGUGA